AUGUUCUCCAAAGUAUUCGCUUUGAGCGCUGUGUUAGCUGUGGCUGCGGCUGGUCUCCUACCCCACCAGCCUCAAUAUUCUUCAGCCGCUGCUGUUUCUUCACAAAGUAUAGUGCGCCACGAUCAGAACCACGCUAUUUCUGCCGCUCCAGUUGCAUACCACGCUGCUCCUGUGGCCUAUCAGGCGUCUCCCGUGCACUACUCUUCUGCCGCCGCUGUAUCUUCGCAAACUAUUCAACGUCAUGAUCAACCUCAUGCCACUAUUGCCCACUACGCUGCCACACCCGUGGCUCAUUACGCUACCGCACCCGUCGCCCACUACGCUGCCGCUCCCGUUGCCCAUUACGCUGCUGCCCCUGUAGCUCACUAUGCUGCUCCCGCGCACAGAAUCGUAUCUGCCCAUGAAGAGGAAUACGCUCACCCCAAAUACGACUUCUCAUACUCCGUAGCUGACGGACACACUGGUGACAACAAGUCUCAACACGAGAGCCGCGACGGCGAUGCCGUGCACGGCGAGUACUCUCUGGUCGAAGCUGACGGCUCUGUGCGCACAGUUCAGUACACCGCUGACGCACACAACGGUUUCAACGCUGUAGUCAGUAACUCCGCACCUUCCCACCACGCUGCACCCGCUCAGGGAUAUAUCCUCGCUCACCAUUGAUUAAGUGUACUGUAAUAAGUCUAAUUAGAUUAAUUUAUUAUUCUAUAUUAUGUCGUCGAAUUCAAUAAAGCAAAAA